AUGGAACCAGCGAAGCACCUCGACGUCAAGAUCCAGCUCGAGGCGUACUCGGACGCCGACUUUGCGGCGGAGAAAAGCGACAGGAAGUCCUUGACUGGCGGAAUCAUCCGCCUGAACGGCAUGCCGGUCAGCUGGACGUCGAAGAAGCAAGGAGGCGUCUCUCUCUCGACGAUGGAAAUGGAGUUCGUCGCUGCAUCGGAGCAGGCGCGCGAGCUUCUUGUUACCAGGGAGAUGCUUAACGAGAUCGGUAAGCCACCAGCGCUACCGAUGGUACUUCACGUCGACAAUCAGGCGGCACUGAAGCAGCUGGCCGGUGGGACGUCAUUUCUCAAGGCCAAACACAUCGAUUCUCGCACGAAGUUUGUGUGCGACUUCGCUCGACGCGGGAUCAUCGUGUCGCAGUACGUCCGCUCGGAGCAACAACUCGCGGAUCUUUUGACGAAGGCACUGGACGCAUUCAAGCUCGCGGCGCUGUGUGAGAUGAUCGGUCUCGAUUAUGACGGUAAGUCGUAG